CGCUCUCCUGCUAUUAACGCUGACUCUGGAUCAGUUUUUACAGCGCGGUUUGUAGUCCUGCAGCGUUAGCCGUGAGCAGAAACCGACCCAGGAUCAGAAAUCUGCAACAGCCGCUGAACACUUCCCCUUCAGCUUAAAACCAACCUGUUGGUGCCACAGAGGAGUGGCGAGGGCUGGGUGUGGAGAGACUAGAAGCUGCUCCUCCGUCACGUUCUCCGGGACAGACAUACCCUCGCUGCUAGAAUAAACUGGGCAAAGCUUCAGACCUAAUGAUGUCAAAGAUCGGCACUCUGGUGUUUAUGACAUUCGUGUCAGUAAUGUUUGCAGAAGCAGAACCCGUGGAAGAGGACCCUUUUACCUUUGACUACCACCAACUGCGUGUUGGAGGUCUGAUCCUGGCUGCUGUCCUCUGUCUCAUCGGCAUCACAAUCCUGCUAAGUGGCCACUGCAGGUGCAAGUUCAACCAGGGCAAGAGAAGGAGAACAGGAAGCAAUGCUCAGCAGAUGCUCACUGACCAGGGUCGCGCGUGUGACUGCUAGAAACCAGUGAUUACACCAACUUCCCAAACCUCCAACCAACAGAAACCAUCCAGCAGUGGGAUUUGUUACCGCAGAAGAGAUGUUACUGUUGUUGUUAUUUAGACAGAUUAACAGAAUGUGCACCAGAGUUUAGGUGUGAAUCUUAUCGCCUGAUAACUGAACUACUGAUGAGCUGCUUGCACCUCCACACACACAAAUAUAACUGUACGUGAGCUUGUCCCACUUUCAUUUCACUCACUUAAACCCUCAAACCAAAAGUUGUGAAAUGCUGUUUGUGUUAGUAGACUUAACUGACUGAAGUGAAAGUGAUUUAAUUCAGUAAUAAUCACAAGUGAUCACCAAAAGGAUUGUAAUACUGUAGGUAAUGUCUGGCAUCAUUUCUGUUUUUUGUUUGCUGUAUGUGUAAGGUACAUGUGGUUGUAGAUAUUGGUCUUCUGUUAGCUUAACCCCCAUUGAUGUUUUCAUGUCUAAUCUAUGAAUCUGUGCCAUCAUAAGUCAUUAGUGCUUCUGCUUAGGAGUGUUGUAGAUUGUACUGUUCAGAGUCAUCUAUUUUCAGUUUAUAUAAAACAUCUGUUUUAAAAAC